CCCGACUGUAUCUGAGCUUUCUUUUCCUUCUUCUCACGGCUAUACCCCUGUUACGGAACUCAGGCAUGUUGGCAUAAGCGAUAAUAUGCACUGCAAGGCGGAUAUUAUUCUUAGUAUUGUUUAUUCUGGGCUACAACGGGCAUAGUACACCAAUGGUCUCGUCGAUCAUUUUAUUUUGUUUUUUAUGGGAAGAUGAGGCAUUUCUUUUUGUUUCUGCUUUUCGGGGUUUGCUUACGUGUUUUUGCAUGGCGCUGCGUACAAAGAGGACUGGUGAAACGGCUGAUGAUAUGUCGAGCACAGAACAUGCACGAUACUUGAGCAUUUAUCAUGUACGAAAGACAUCAAGUUUGGUGUCUGAUGAGAACAGAGGGCAUAAGGCUCGCUGCAUUUGUCUAGUCUACAUUACUCACUGGAGUGGAAUAGCAUAGAAUUUCAAUCAAGUUACUUGAUUAGCAUCAUGUCGCCAUCUCGACCAGUGGAUUACCACACGGGAAGGCGGCGCUUACUGAUAUAUAUCCUGUGAUACGUG